AAAAAUUAGCUUGAUUGAUUACUAAAAUUUUACCCUCAUAAAUUGAGUGUUUUUUUAUGUAGUUUAAGUUUUGAAAUUUUGUCAGAUUAUUUUGUAUCAAAAUAUUUUCAACAAAUUGUAAAAGUGACUCAAUUCUGCACCGGAAUGGAGCAGGACAACCCACUAGACGUGGAUAUCUCCGCCACCAAUCCGACCGGCAACUCCACGGUGGACAAGUUUUGCCGGCUCUGUCUGGAGGUUCAGCCCGACCUGCUGCCGCUCAAAGCCCGCCUCGGAGCGCUUCCGGUGCCGAAGAUGUUCGCCUUGCUGACCGGGCUGGAGAUCGACUUUGACGACGACUACCCGAAGGUGGCCUGUUCUCAGUGUUUCUUCAGGCUGGAGCAGGCCUACCAAACGCGCAAGGACUUUCUGGAUAAUUAUCGCACGCUGAUGAGUAUCGUGAUUGCCGAAGGGCCGGAGGCGUGUCCGGCGGAGAAUGUGGUUCGAGAGGAAAUUGUCGGGGAUGAGGAUUCGGAUGGCAUUAGUACUAUUAAGGAGGAAAAUUUAUCUGAUUUAAAAGACGUAGAAAUUCAAGAGGAUUGCUCGGAAAAGUUAGAGAGUCCUGAGGAUGAUGACCUUGAUGACGAUGAAUGUGUCCCUUACGAAUCUAUUAAAGAUGAGCUGUACGAACAAAAAAUCCCUACUAGAAAGAAACCAAAAAUAAGUAUACCAAAGCUAAGCUCACCCAUAUCGAUCUACGAAAAAAAGAAACACCUUCGCAAGGUGUGGAGAAUGGACCCCAAGAAGUGCUACAUCUGUGGCCAGCUCUUCACAAGUCCUCGCGAACUCAAUAUCCACCUGCCCCAGCACGUGGACAUGCUGCCGUACACGUGUCAGCUGUGCGUUAACGGAAAUGGUCCCCAGAAAGAGCUCAUAACCGGCCUGAAGCCGCUGCUCACUCACUUCCGGCAGCACUCGGGUUGCACGCCGUGUCCAAAGUGUCCGUUCCGACUGUUUGGCAAGGAAGCGCUGUACAAUCACAUUCAGAUUCAUCACGCGCACGAGGGGCAAAAGUUUGUGUGUGAAACGUGCGGGUUUGUGAUGCCGAACAAGAGGGCCCACUACGGGCACAUGUUGCGGCAUAGGUACAUCGAGGAGGGGCGGUUCCGUUGCGAACAGUGCGAUAUGAAGUUUGGGACGAACGGGCGGUUGCAGCGGCAUUUGUUGCUGCACAAGGAGAAGGAGUUCCGGUGUCAGUUUUGUCCGAAGACCUUUGUCAGCAACACCCUGCUGCUGACGCACGAGCGCACCCACUCGGGUGGCCAACCGUCGAUUUGUGGGACGUGCGGCGAAAAGUUCACCAACCCGACCAAACGGUGGCAGCACGCAAUGGAGGCGCACCCGGAAGUGGUCCAGGCGAACCGGGAGGCGGGUCACUACCCGAAACACCAGCCCAAGAGUCUGAUCUGCGAGCACGCGGGCUGUGGCUACGAGGCGCCCCAUUACCAAGCCUUUUGGUAUCACGUGCAGUGUCACGAGCUGCGGUACGCUUGCGAGCAGUGUCCGAAGCGGUUCCCCACGUCCCAGGGCCUGAAAAGCCACCGGACGGUUCACACCGGUGAGCGGGCAUUCCCUUGCGAGCAGUGCGGUAAACGGUACUCGCAAAUGGUCGCCCUAACGAAGCACCAGCAGACGGCCCACUCGACGGCCACGCCGCACACCUGUGCCGAAUGUGGCGAGUCGUUUUCGCACCGGUCGCGGCUCAACAAUCACAUGCUGAAGCACUCCGAGCCGCAGCACCAUUGUGAAUACUGCAAUCGGAUGUUCCGGUACAAAGGGGACUGGACGCGGCACAUGAAGCAGCAUGAAGAAGAAGAAAGAAAUGUUGGAUAAUAAUAUAUUUUAUUGAUUUUUUUAUUAAAUGUAACAAUCGUUGAAGAC